AUGCAUCUGACUAGCCGGCAGCAUCCAGGCUUGAAUAACAAAUCAUGGGAUAAUGUGUUCCACAUGCCAGAGAUUCCAGACCUAUGCAGGGGAAAUAUCAGGAAGGAAUACCAAGAAUUUACUCUUGAGCAGCUAGACCAUGGACCAGUCUUCACGUCUUCAGAAAUUAACUGGCAACAACUGGUGGAGGAAAUGCUGGGUCAUGAGAUCACCAACCCGGCAGAUGUCAAGGUUCAGGUCUACUUCCACGAACAACUCGAUGAAAUCGUCACAGAAAUAUCUGAAGAGUACAGGUCAGUUCUUUGCUUCAUAUACUGCCUGGCUAUCAGCACUUUACCUGAUAUACUGCCUGGCUAUCAGUUCUUUACCUGA